AUAUUGUUUUAAUUAAAUAGUUUGUUCUAAAACGUCUUAAGAGGUGGUUUGAAUCAAUUAUAAUAAUAAUUAACUCUUCGAAGGCAACGUGGUAUAUAGUUUUUGUUGAAAAAUUGCAUGUUUUUUAAUGUUUUGAAUACAGAAUGCAGAAGGCAAUCUGGAUUAUAUUGACUUUGUUUUGCAUAUGUAAAAACACCACAAGUAAGGUCAAUAACAAUUGUCCAAUAGGAUGUACAUGCCUCUUCCGAACUCUACGCUGCGGCCAAGCUGGUUUGGACUAUAUUCCCCAGAAUAUCAGUAAUGAUAUCCAGUUAAUAGAUUUUCGCCAUAAUAAUUUGCAUGAGAUACUAGCCGAUGCCUUUCGUGGAUUGCCUUUUAUAACAACACUUUUCCUCAACUACAAUAGCAUACAAGCAAUAGACAAAGAUGCGUUUGUAGACCUCAUUAAUUUAAAGCAAUUAAAUCUGGGGAAUAAUAAAAUUAAGGAAUUUCCAGUGGAUUUACUGCAGCCACUUAAACAUGUUAAAGCCAUAUAUUUGGACAAUAACUUAAUUACAAAAAUUCAGAGAGGAACAUUCACAUAUCUAAAGGAUCUUACCCAUUUGUCUUUGAAUAAUAACGGACUUGUAAUUAUCCCAUCCGACGAAUUUACACAUUUACCAAGCCUACAGGAAUUACAAAUUGAUAACAACCCCUUGAUAUGUGAUUGUGCCGUGCACACAUUAUGGAAUAAAUAUUCUAAUGGACCUGAGAAAGUCACACUAUCUUGCGAAUCAUAUUCGUCUACAUAUAAAAAGUUCACGAAGCUUGAACCACAUGACUUUAAAUGCAAUCUCCCAGAAAUCAUAUUGGCUCCAGAAAAUCAACUCGUAAUUGCUGGAAAAUCGAUCACUUUAGAAUGCGAUGCAGAUGGUAAACCUUUUCCGAACAUAAUAUGGUAUUUUAACGGAAACCCUUUAACAACAGAUGAACGUAGAAUAUUAGAUAACGAAAACACCGAAUUAAAUAUAAAUAAUGCAAUAAAAAAUGAUACUGGUAUUUAUACAUGUAUUGCCCAAAACGACAAUGGUAAUGUGUCAAUACAAGCGAAUGUGACAGUGUAUGAAAAUGACCAAAAGCCGCGAUUAAGUAUUGAACCCUAUGAUUUGGAAGUUAUAUUGGGUACAAUUUUUGAAAUGCCUUGUAAGGCAGAAGACAAUAGCGAUGUUCAGGUGGUAUGGAGACAUGAUGGAAGAGUUAUAACCCAAAACGAUAAAUAUCAGAUUAAAGGAUCCGGAAGUAUUCUUGUUAAAAAUGUGACUACUGAAGACGGAGGUCGUUAUGAGUGCACGAUUAAAAAUCAAUAUGGCCGUGUCACCGCUUCAUCUCUGGUAAAAGUAAAAAGCAGUUUAAACAAUUCACCAGGAGAUAAUUACGUACGGAUAGCUUUUGACGAGGCUUCAAAAGAAAUUGAUUUGGCUAUAAAUAAUACAAUAGAUGCCCUAUUUACGAAACGUAAUAGUAAAUUAAAUGGAAACCCCAAUUAUGCAGAUCUAUUACGAGUAUUCCGAUUUCCUAACGGUGAAGCGCGUCAACUUGCUAGAGCUGCUGAAAUUUAUGAACGAACUCUUGUAAACAUUAGAAAACAUAUUGCAAAAGGUCACAACCUUACUAUGACAAGUCAGAAUUAUGAAUUCCAAGAUCUUCUUUCACGCGAACACUUACAUUUAUUGGCCGAGCUGUCGGGUUGUGUUGAACAUCGAGAGAUGCCUAAUUGUACAGACAUGUGCUACCAUUCAAAAUAUCGAAGUAUUGAUGGUACUUGUAAUAAUAUGAAAAAUCCUUCGUGGGGAGCUUCCCUUACAGCAUUUAGACGGAAUAUUAAGCCAAUUUAUGAGAAUGGGUUUAGCACACCCAUUGGUUGGACCAAAAAUCAAUUAUACGGGGGAUUUUUAAAACCUAGUCCUCGGUUGAUUUCAACUUCAGUUAUUACAACCAAGCGAAUAACUCCAGAUUCACGAAUUACUCAUAUGGUAAUGCAAUGGGGACAAUUUUUAGACCAUGAUUUGGAUCAUGCUUUGCCAUCAGUAAGUUCGGAAAGUUGGGAUGGAAUAGACUGUAAAAAAACUUGUGAGUUUGCACCUCCCUGCUUUCCUAUUGAAGUCCCUCCGGGAGAUCCUCGCAUAAAAAAUCGACGAUGCAUUGAUGUUAUUCGAUCAAGCUCUGUUUGUGGUUCUGGCAUGACAUCCAUUUUUUUUGAAGGAGUACAGCAUAGAGAACAAAUAAACCAACUCACUUCCUAUAUAGAUGCCUCACAAGUUUAUGGUUAUAGCUAUGACUUUUCAGUCGAACUUCGAAAUCUUACUUCUGAUGAUGGACUUCUAAGGACAGGAGUACAAUUUCCUGGACAAAAAGAUAUGUUACCCUUCGCUGCACCUCAGGAUGGAAUGGAUUGUCGGAGAAAUCUGGACGAAAAUACUAUGAACUGCUUCGUUGCUGGUGAUAUUAGAGUUAAUGAACAAAUUGGUUUAUUAGCUAUGCAUACAAUAUGGAUGCGUGAGCACAAUCGAAUUGCUAAAACAUUGCGUGAUAUAAACCCGCAUUGGGAUGGUGAUACUAUAUAUCAAGAGGUACGUAAAAUUGUGGGAGCUCAAAUGCAACAUAUUACAUACAAACAUUGGUUACCAUUAAUUAUCGGUGAGAGCGGUAUGCAAAUGUUGGGCGAAUAUAGUGGAUAUGAUCCUAAUAUAAACCCAUCAGUUGCAAAUGUUUUUGCCACAGCCGCAUUACGUUUCGGUCAUACCAUAAUAAACCCAGUACUUCAUCGUCUUAACUCUACUUUCCAACCCAUAUCUCAAGGCCACUUGCCAUUGCACAAAGCAUUUUUUGCACCUUGGCGAAUUGCAUAUGAAGGUGGUGUGGAUCCUCUUAUGCGGGGCAUGUUCUCAAUUCCAGCAAAAUUAAAAACUCCCGAAGAAAAUCUUAAUAGUGAACUAACUGAAAAGUUAUUUCAGACUGCACACGCAGUAGCAUUAGAUUUAGCUGCAAUUAAUAUUCAGCGCGGUAGAGAUCAUGGACUCCCUGGAUACAAUGCUUACAGAGAAUUUUGCAAUCUCUCAAUAGCUGUAACUUUUGAUGACAUGGAAAAUUAUAUUAAGAAUGCUGAUGUGCGUAGGAAACUUAAGGAAAUUUAUGGGCAUCCGGAUAACAUUGAUGUAUGGGUCGGUGGCAUUUUAGAAGACCAAGUUGAGGGUGGAAAAGUUGGACCCUUAUUCCAAUGCUUACUUGUGGAACAAUUUCGUAGACUUCGUGACGGAGAUAGGUUUUACUACGAAAAUAGUGGCGUUUUUCUUUCACAGCAAAUAAAUCAAAUAAAACAAGCAAACCUAGGACGUAUACUCUGUGAUAAUGGCGACAAUAUCAAGGAAGUGACAUCGAAUAUUUUUCUGCUACCAAAAGUACAGGGUGGUUAUAAAAAAUGUGCUGAUAUGCCAGAAAUAAACUUCAAUUUUUGGCAGGAUUGUGGAUCAUGUAAAAGUUUACCUCCUCUUCUGGAAGCCUCUACAUCAUAUUUAGUAGAUUAUCAUCCCCUUAAGAAAAUGUCAACACAUUAUAUUGAAAAUGUGUUUGAAAAAUCAUGGGAUAUUAGUCAAUCGCGUAUAAAUAGUUUGGAGGAAACCAUUAACCGAUUACAAGAAGAAUUCAAAGAAUAUAAAAGAAAAGUUCAAAAUCUUGAAAAUUAAUGUUUAUUUGCAAAAAAUGUAACGAUUACAAGAAUUCUGAAUAAAUAAACGCAAGCAUAUAAAUUUGUGUA